AUGCCCCUACAAGCUCUGCGCACCGUCUCCAAGGCUCAGAACGGCGUCGGCGCCUUCAUUCUGCAAUGCAAGCGCCUCGACUUUCACUACUGCGACUGGGCCGGUAGUUCAAAGGGCAUGAACUCAUUCCUCAAGUACGACCUCCCAGCCUUUGCCCGCGCAAAUCCCCAAGUCGAAAUCACUGUCUCGCCUCGCCCGCGCAAACACCCCGUCAUCAAGGGCACAUAUAUCAACGGCCGUGAGAAGGCCAUCUGUGUACGCAGUCUGGAGAAAGAGCAGAUUAUGAAGAAGGCCGAACUGCUGCGCGAUGCCAGCGGCGACAAGCUGAAGAAGGUCACCAAGCCCGUCAAGAGCAUCAACGAGAGUGUCAGAGGUAUCUGGGAUCCUUUCCACGGCUCAAAGUGGUCCGUUUGA